AUGCGUUUUCGAGAACUGGUGCAGCACUAUCGCGCAGAUGCCGAACGAACCUGGCAAGUGCUCUCCGACAAAUCAGAAAUAACAUUUGAAUGGCCACCGAAUUGUCCAAUCGAAGUGCGAGAGCUUGUUGGACCAGGUAGAUUCACGGAACAGGAUCCAAAGUUCCAGAUGCCAUUUUUCUGGAAAAAAGAACCCGUGCCAGCCACUCGAUCAUGGGGUAUUGUCGUAUGUGCAAUCGAAUGGGGUUUUGGUGUUGUAUUUUUGCUACUCAAUUCGAUACAUUAUGCGAUUGCAUUUUUCAUCUCCGAAGGCGAAACAAUUGCGACACUUGUUUGCUUCAUUACAUUCCUACAGCUUAGCAUAUAUUUUGGAGAGAAAGUGCUAUUCGUGAUUGCAAUCAUGGAGAAGCGUGUUUGCUUAUUAAGGCAACAGCUUGUAUUCCAGUAUAUCACCUGUGUUGCACUUCUACUCAAUGCGGCUUUUACGCUAGCCGCUGAUGCAGGCGGAUUCGGUGAACAGUACCUGUACGCCGAAAACGAUCCUUUACUGAUUCGGCUGGCCGCAUUCAUCUCUGUUAUUUUUAUUUUCGUUGAGCUUUAUCUUCGUCUGAUGACCAAAGCCGUCUACGCUUUCAUCAAUGAAACGCGACGAUUCCGGUAUCCUUUAUCGUGGCGCUAUCGAAAACGAGUGUAUUUUACCUACUGCUCGAUUAUGCAGCAAAGCUUGAAAAACUCAUCGAAAUUACAUACCGUUUCAAAG